UGGGCCUUCCUAUUCAGUUUGAGCUUUUAUGGGCCUUUUCUCGAACUCUUGUUUCUUUUCGAGUGCACCCCCAAAUUCUGCAGCAAAAUGGCCUGUUCAAACGUAGUGAGAAGACUAUUAGCAAAAACUCCAAGAACUGUGAAACCACCUCUUUCGUUUUGUUAUUCAACAUCAAGAUCACGAUCAUUCCUACUCUCGCCUCCACUGAUUCUUCCAGAACCUUCUACUUACUGUUCCACAGCAACCCCCUAUCUUUCUAGAAGCUUCUGCUCCUCCGGCCCGUCGGGUCCCCACGACACUCCAUCGCUCGGUCCAGUAGCAGUUGAUUAUAGUGGUGUGCUACAAGAGGAGGAAUUUCACAAACUGGCCGAUUCUACAAUUCACCAUCUCCUUGAGAAGAUUGAGGAAUAUGGGGAUUCUGUGGAUAUAGAUGGUUUUGAUAUAGACUAUGGGAACCAAGUUUUGACCGUCAAAUUAGGGAAUUUGGGAACUUAUGUGUUGAACAAGCAAACGCCAAACAGACAGAUCUGGAUGUCGUCACCUGUGAGUGGUCCGUCAAGAUUUGAUUGGGAUCAAAGUGCUCAAGCUUGGGUUUACAGGCGUACCAAAAACUAUCUGUUUGGAAUUUUGGAAAACGAGUUGGAGCAGCUAUGUGGUAACGCCAUUAGUCUCUCGUGAACUUGUUGAAGAUGCUUUGAUGACGGGUGGGUGCUAUGAUCUCUUUACUUUUAGGCGCAGGAACUCAUAUCUUUCUUAUACGUAAUCAAGAUAUAGUUUGCAACUGUCGUGGUAAUUUUUAUUUAUGCUGAAUGGAUUGAGUGCACAAGAAGAAAUAUAAGUUUAUGUCUGUAGAAGUACAAAAAUGAGUUGUUUUCUAGCUCUCUCUCCCUCUCACUCAUGCCUUUCUUAUGCUUGAUCAAGUUAUAUAAUCUACCAAUUUCGUACUAAA